AUGUUCCCAAUUAUCCAAUCACCAUGUGUCUUUGAGCCAUUGCCAAACGUUAACAUGUUUGGAUUUGAGCAACCAGUUAUGACUCCAGUUCCCAAGAGGAGAAGAGGCUUGGGACGAUGUAAUCGCUACAACGAUGGUUACAUGCCCUCCGCAUCGCUUACUUCUUUGAGAUACACAGUUGAUGAAUCUCCAGAGGGAUAUACUUUGUGGUUGUCAAAGAAAGUACCAAGAGGAAUGAUCGCCGAUGCUGUCAAUGAACAAAUUUCCCACUUGAAGGAGGAAUCAUAUAGACCCGCUUACCAUUUAGUGCGUGAUUUGUGGGGGAACCCAUACUUUGUGGAGGAGGAAGCUGACGAAGAGAGCUUGCUUCGCGAAGCCCUUUCUAAGUUAGACAUGAAAGCCAUCAAUCAUAAAAUCGCUAGAAAUUUGUUCCAAGAAUAUGAGAUCGAUUUGAACCACAGAGGUGACCAACUAACGGUUUCCAGCCGGAAGGAUGGAAUUACGAAAUCUUUUGAAAUUGGUAGCUGCAUCGAAGAUAUACGUGUCACUGGAUGUAAGCUGGAUGACAAACAGGAGUAUGCUGUCUUGAGGAUUGAGUUGAUUAAGAGUGAUGAAUGUAAAGGACAAUCUAGCGAUCUUACAAAUUUGAUUCAAUGGUCGCAAUCACAAGCUAUUAAACAAAGAGCUGAAGAAGAAAAGGAAAAGGAAGCCGAGGAAGUGGCAGCAGCAGAAGCUAAAGAGAAAGCUAAGGCUCAAUUACUUGCUGAACUUCAAGCGGAAGCUCAGGCAAAACGUGAAGCAGAAGCCAAAGAAAAAGCUGAGGCUGAGCUGAAGGCCAAACUUGAAGCAGAAGCUCAGGCUAAACGUGAAGCAGAAACCAAGAAGGUCGAGGCCGAACUGAAGGCUAGACUAGAGGCCGAAGCUCAAGCAAAACGUGAAGAUGAAGCAAAGAGAGAAUUUGAAGCUCAGUUGAGAGCUAAAUUUGAAGCAGAAGCAGCUCGUAGAGAAAGGAGGAGAGUGCAAGAGCUUCUAAGACGAGAAGAAGAGGAAAAAAGGUUCCACGAGCAAGAGUUGAAGGAGAGAAAAGCAUUUUUGAUCGAGCAACAAAGAGCAAAGAGAUUAAGAGCUGAGCGCAAGGCAUCUCAUAGUCCAAAGACUGUGACGAUAAAUAUAAACUUUGGUAAUGAAGAUUCAAUGCAUGAAAAUGAAGAGCAUCAGCUAAAAAGGAUCCAAUCACCCGUCCUAGAGGAUGUUGAUGAUGAAGAAACUGAAAGGUUCAACGAGUCGCUAAGCAGGUCUCCUAAAGGCUCUUCAAUCAUCGAAGAUGUGUAA